AUGGCCUUGACUCCUGUUUUCAAGUAUAGGCGCCCGGCACCAACGAUGUCCUUGACUAGCCUUCCUCCCGAGCUUCUUGACCAGGUGCUUUCCGACAAGGAACUUCAGAAGCGUGAUCUAGCCAACCUUGCACGAGUCAAUAGAAGCAUCUAUCCGCUUGUGCUGAGAAGGCUGUACGCAGAUGUUCUGCUGGAUGGUUCUGACCAUCGCGAAGACAUGGAAGUCCUAGACCUAUUCAACCGAGCUCUUACCGAAUCUCCGCGACUAGCAGCCGCCACCCAGUCCCUAACUAUUAUCACUGGUUCUCCAAAUGAUGCCAGAACUAUCCCCUCUAAGGAAAUCAUUGGGAAUCUUCAUGCUCUUCGGACUCUGCCCCUGGGUUUUUAUGGCAUGGUACAUUGCGCCGCAAACUUCCUCCAGAUGAUUCUGCCGGCAGAGCUCGACACCAGCGCUGCGAUUCUAUCGAAAAUCCAAGAUUUAGAGAUAACCCACCCAGCAAUAACAUUCAGUGGGAUUAUAAAACUCAUUUCUCUUCCCAGGAUAGAGCGAUUGGCCGUGAAGUGCCAUCCAAGACAGGAGGCUCGCGAGGUGGCUGUUUUGCCGUCCACCGAAGGCACCGCUCCUCCCUGA